GCUUUGUCAUUGGACAUCUUUGAGAAUAACUGUUUACAGGCAACCAAUCAACUGAGAAGACGACACGGCGUUCCAGACUUAACUUGGUCCAACACCCUCGCGGCUGAUGCACAAGCCUGGGCAAAUAGGCUAGCAAACAGCAACGUAUUUCACCACGACUAUAUCAGCAUGCAAGCCAAGAAUCAAGGAGAAAACUUGGCCUACUUUAAACCUUUCAAGAGGAAAUGUCAGGGUCCAAAAAGGGACGAUUGCGUCCAGUGCGCAGAAAUUGUUGAUGAUUGGUAUGAUGAGGUCAAGAAUUACGAUUUUGACUUGGGUAAAGCCAAGACACCCAGUGGAGUAGUGAUGCACUUUACACAGGUACCAGUUUGCAUGGACAACUCCAGCAAUUUUAAUAGUUUUCACUAUUUUUAUUAGGCUAUGUUCAUUCAAUAGAGGAUACCUUAUCGCGCGGACACGAAAGAAACCUAUCCGAAAUGUGGCGCCCAUGUAAGGGAUUCCGCAUUCUGGAAUACGGAACAAUUUUGCUCGUGGAAUCCAGAAUCUGGAUAAUUUUAGUUGUGCUACCCAAAUUCCUGGGCUGUUGAAUAAGGAAUACGGUUCAACGAGUCCAGAUCCUACUGACAACUAGAAUCCGGAGUUCAACUGACAAAGAAUCCGAUACCCAGUACAAAGAAUCCGGAAUCCACAGCAUGGAAUACAGAAUCUUAGACUUUCUUGGAUUCCCUUAUAUGGAGAGAUAUGUGGCUCUCCACUUCAGAGAUCGGAGCAAAGCAGUUGCUCUCCGUUACAGACAUAGAGCAACAUCACCGUUUUUAUAUGUGAACAAAAGCCUUACCCGGUAUGAUUCACGUGCCGGCGUAAAAGCUAUCCAGUAUAUUGUGAAUAUAGCCUUAAUGUCUUAGGUGAUGACCUCUGAACACGGUGCACAGUCAUGUUUAACAAGGGAGCUUUGUACUUAGAUAUGAGCAGAGCCAGUGCUGCAAUAAACAAUAGCUGUUGUUAUCAACAGUUGAUACAGUUGUAAUUAUGCAACAAUAUAAAAGAAUCUGCUAACGUUCCUUCCAAAUUAUUCACUUUCUGUUUGAGGUGAUGUUUUCAUCUUCAUUCUUCAUAUGAACCCACAGCUUCAUAGCAGCGAAAACAGGAAAGGAUAUUUGCCAUCAAGCGCCUAUUUGGGCGCGUUAACUUUUAAUCAAAGGAUUUUCCUAUGCCAGCAUCUGUAAAUGAAUUCUAUGUCGAAUGUGUAGACUGUUGUCACCAAGUUCGAUUUCUUUCCUCCGAUAAAAAAUUCGACCGUAUAAAAUCUACACCGUGAAUUUUCGUCAUAUAAAAGGGAAUUAUGAUAGAACUUGAGCUCAAAUGGCAAGAACCAUUGAGAACCAAAAUAGUUUUUUUACUUAGCCUGACCUAUUCCUGUUUCUCAACAAUUCAAAAAUUUCGCUGCUCCUGUAAUUUAUAUUCUCCGUCCACUACCACCAACAUCGUCACUACAUUUCUAUUGUUUUCCCAGUCCACCCCCAUCACUGCCACAACCACAUUUCUAUUGUUUUUCUUCCACCACCACCAUCACACCACAUCUGUAUUGUUUUCCCCCCACCAUGAUCACCGCCACAACCGCACCACAUUUCACAACCACACCUUCCACCACCACCACUACCACCACCAGAUUUUUAUUGUUUUCGCUCUACUACGAACACAUCCUUUCAUCCGCAUUUUAUUCAUGAGAUUAAGACAACACGCUAAGGCGCCAUUGGCGUUAAUGUAUUCCUGCGCUAGUUUAUGACUUUCCUGCGCCAAAAACGGAUGAUUUCAUCCCUGCUAUACUACUUAGAAACGAACAUUUUUUUUAUUUAAAACUUUGAUUACGUCUCAUACAAAACGCCAUUAUUUUUUAUGCAGGAAGUCUGGAGAAAAUCGCAUCAUUUCGGAAUUGGCACUGCCAAAAGCAAGAAGUACGGCUUUAUUUUAGUGGCACGCUACAGUCCUCGGGGUAAUGGAGGAGGGCCUAUGGUUUUCAAAGACAAUGUCUUCCCACCAGGUGCGUUGUCGUCUUAUGCAUUUUUGCUUUGAAAACUCCUCAAAAAUGCAAUUGAAAAAAUAAAUAAUUAAGGCUAGUUUGUCUUCUACAGUAUAAUUACGCUUUUAAAUAGUCUUGGCCCCUAUUAAUUGCAAAAAAUCUUGCAUGAGAGAUUCAUUCCAAAUGGUACAAAUAGACGCUAGAAGCACAGACGUCUUUAGGACUGAAUAACAAUUCCAAUUGUAUUUAUUUAUAGAUUAUCUACUUUCCAUUCGUUUGAAAAAAACACCGAGCAAUUUUUCUCUUUUUUGACAGGGACUAUUUCGGACCCCACGCCAUCAACAAGCCCAAGCGCAACCACUCCAGCGCCCACGUCGAUCACACAAAAUAUUAAAAUUAACAUAUCAAUUAACACAAGCACAAUGCCUACAUCAGCUCCAAGUAAGCAAGGUGAAAAACUGCAUGCAAACUUUUACGAUUUUAUAUAUUACAGAAGAACCAAAAGCUCUGCAACAAUGAUUUUCAAAUGUUUUUUUUUGGACAGAAAGCAGUAUCAUGCAAUCGAGGAAAAGGCUUACCUCUUAUUCCCGGCCAUUUGAUUUAGUGACGCACUCGCUUAACAUUUCGUAUCCUACAAUAAAACGAAGACUUGUCCUUAUAUUUGAAAUUAGACUUCAAGUCUAUGUUAAACGUAAAUGUCGCAUAUGUUACGUGAUUCUAAGCAAAAUAUCUGUAAAAUACAUUCUGACAUUACGAGUCUUCAUAGCCAAUAACAUCACGGCUUAACUGACAGACGACCGAUAACAUCGAGACUUAAUUUACCAAUCAGGUCAAUAACCAGAGUUUAACAACAUCAACCGACGUGAUACAACUCACUGUGACUCUGAAGAUGUCUAACGCACAAGUUGUCGAAACGUCAGUCAUGUCAACAACAACAGUCCUAUUCAGGACUACGUUCACCUGGACGAUCAUACUCAAUCGACUCAUGGGCAUAAAAGUGUAUCUCAACUCGUUCUACGACAACUUAUGAACUUUCAAUCGAUGACUUCUUGAUGAACUUUCAAAUUGAAUGCUCAUAUCUGACUUAUCUUUUAUUCUGCAGGCGGAGGAAAGCCCACCACGCCGAGUGUCACUAGCACCUCCCCUCCACAAGUGACACUUCCUGCUGGUAGGUGAUGAGUGAAACUAUUGAUUAUCUUUUUAAUUGUUUGUGUCUAAACGUAAACGUUGACUUAAGUUGGACCUUUAAUGUCCAACGCCUGAACCUUCACACAAUGGCUUUAUUCUACUUGCACGUAAAGGUUACGUGACAGUGGAAAUCCACACUAAAGGGCUGCAAUAAAAUCAUCCAUAGGAAGUGCGAUGAUUUUUAGUGUUUGUCCGUCAUUUGACACUGUACUUGUCUUCGUAUCAUGUGAUAUUUGUGUCGAUUCUGCGCAUUACAAAGUAAGUAAAAAGGUACCAUUCUCCUUUCUUACUUACUGCAAGGGGCUUAUCUAUCAUUUCUUGUAUCCAGACCUGCACCACUUCCUCUUGAUCGCAAAAAAGGAUGUCGUUCCUCCACGUAUUAGGUACAGAAGGAAGGCGUUGUUAUGAAUUAUUAGGUUCUUGUCAACCACUGUUAUUUAUAUUUUCUUUUAAUUCUUUUUUCGUUUGUUUAUGUACGCGGAAGUUAUCGUUUUGACGAAUGACUAGCGCCGCAACGUCAGUUUCUCAAUCUACCUACGGAGGCCAAUCUAUAAUUUAAAUCAUAUCACCUUCGUUUAUAAAGCUAAAUUUUUGAACCUGAUCCCACAACCACCGCCGUAACGUGUCAGUUUCUUUGGAAAAGUAAACCUCUUCGUUUAUCUUUUGUUUUCGAACCACCUCACUUUAUUUCCAACGCCUUAUUGAGCAGAGAAUAUUAAAGUGAAUUUACUCUUUAGAAAAAGGCAUCGAUUCGAAGGUCACAAGUCAGUCUGCAACUGGGGCCAAUGACACUCGGGUCAGUGAGUGGCGGGAAAAUAAAGGAACACGACUCCGUUGUUCUAAAAUUUUCUUCGGAUGGGGUCUUCUGAGGGCCUAAACUCAAACGUUUUCAACAGGAAAGUCAAGUCCUAUGUUAACGGCUUUACCGAGAAAAAUGUAUUUUUGGAAAGAACGUUGGAGAAAAGGAUCGAGCUUAUAAAGAAACAAACGCAAUUAACGUCUUUGCAAUUUUAUUUUAACGCGCCAACUGAUGGAGAAAUUUCAGAAAUCGCCACUUAAGCUUAGCUUGCACGAAAUUGUCCUCUCCUCAGUGUUUGUUUGUAUUUAUGCUGUUAAAAGGGGGGGCAUAUCCUUUUUUUAACUCUUUUUCCCUUUGGUUAACAUACAUCAUUACACCACCUUUCCAAGACUUUUUUUCAGGUCAAGUUUUUUUGUUCUUGUGGUUUGCGCUCCUGUUGAUGUUUUACGACCAUGAUUACUUAAACUUCAUUGCCUUCGUUUUUGCUUCAUUCAAACUAUCGAUCAUCCAAGCAGCCAUGAAUAUAGACUACGAACAGUCUCUAGCGCUUGACGGAAGGCGCAAGAGAGAAGAGGCGUGAAAUAUACAGGCUUUUCUUAAACCCAGUCGGCAUAAUUACAAUAACUUCACGUCCCGAGAUGAGAGCUUCUAAUGCUUCACUUUGCUCUGACUUUAACGUUCCUGUUUUUUGGACUACGUGACAGACAUUCCUGCCUACUUCAGUCAUCAUCAACUUGUCAGUGGUUUCGGUUGUUGACAGUUGUUGUCAACGCUUCAUUCAUAAGCAAAUUGUAA